CAUUCGCUUCGUAUGGCCAUGUUCCCUGGUUGUAAAUAAGCAAGUCACCGAUCACGAUAUCAUCGCCCAACCUAGCUGGCCAGAUUCAGCAGCGGUUACAUCGGAGAACCAUAGCAUAGGGCCGCCGCUCGUUCUUCCAAAGGAGUAUAAGAUUUGGGAACUCCUGUCUUUGAUCUCAUCCGAUCCUGUUCGGAGUCACCCGCCGUCAUCGAACGAACCCUCGCUCGAAUAAAAGUCUUUCGUUUCCUUGUCAUUGUCUGACCAAAGUUUCCUGAUCUGCUUCACCUUUGAAGUUGUACUUCCCAUCUUCCCAAACCCCCGCCCUCCUUCAUUGCCGAUAAUGGAGAGCCCUCGACAGUCCGAUGCAAGCACUCCGGUGGAGCCUAACUCCCCGGGCUUCGUCGAUACGCCAGCGACGCAGUCAUCCGUCUUGUUUGAUGGCAAUCUCGAGGAGUUGCUGCGCAACUUCCCCCUCGAUCAGUACAUCCUCGUUACAGGGGGUCUCGGGUUCAUCGGAAGUCACACAACAUUGGAGCUACUCAAAGCCAAUUAUAAUGUAAUCGUGAUCGACAAUCUCAGCAACUCCUUCCAGAGCGUCUUCGACCGCAUCAAGCUGCUGGCGUCCAAGCAUCAUGAGCAACAAGGAACAUGCAUGCCUUCCUUGCAGCUGCACGCUCAUGAUUUCCGGGAUACUGUUGCUCUCCGGGAGCUUCUCGAUCAGUACCAAACCCAAUCCAGAUGGGGUUCCCCCAAGUCCAAAAUCGCUGGUGUCAUCCAUUUCGCUGCUUACAAAGCAGUUGAAGAGAGCAUCAGAAACCCUCUGAAAUACUAUGCCAACAAUGUCAGUGGUCUGAUCGACUUUGCUACCACCUUGGGUGACUAUGGCAUCAAGACCUUUAUCUUCUCAUCCUCUGCCACCGUGUAUGGCACCUUGGCCACCUCCGGCCUGCCGCUGAAAGAGGAACUCUGCGUUCACAAGGAUGAGACUUUCACGGACCACAACGGUUCCGAGCAACAGGUCAAGGCUGGCUGCACAGGCAUCACCAACCCUUACGGCCGCACUAAAUGGAUCUGCGAGGCCAUCUUAGCAGACCUCGCGGCCUCUGAUCCAGAAUGGACCAUUGUCGCUCUCCGGUAUUUCAACCCGAUUGGAUGCGAUGAGUCCGGUCUCCUUGGCGAAGAUCCCCGCCAAAUACCCACAAAUCUCCUGCCUGUGGUUGUCAAAGUCAUGACCGGGCAAUAUGCGGAGCUGCAAAUGUUCGGCACGGACUGGGACACUGAGGACGGCACUGCCGUCCGCGACUUCAUCCACGUUACCGAUCUCGCCCGAGGGCACAUCGCUGCCCUCAGUGCCGCCAAUGGAGGCAAAUUGGCUGAGAACUUCCGCACCUUCAACCUCGGCACAGGACGCGGCCAUUCUGUGAUGGAGGUUGUGAACACCAUGGAAAGCGUUUCUUCCAAACCCAUUCCCCGCAAAGCGGCUGGACGUCGUGCUGGUGAUGUUGGCUCGUGUGUUGCAGUGGCAACUAGAUCACAGAACGAGCUCGAGUGGAAAACUGAGAAAACGCUGAAAGAUGCGUGUGUGAGCUUGUGCAAUUUCCUUGAUGUCAGUGGCCUCUCUGCAUAGGCCUGGAUAUUGUUUUAAUCACCCUGUUUCAUCUAUGUGGCGCUUGG